CCUUCACGUCCACUCACAAGUCACAGACAGAUCAGACACUGUCACUUCUCUGCCGCCAAUAGCGAUAACUGACUAGAGUCGUGCUGGCUGACUUGACGAUAACAAGAACGGGAUGAAAAAUUUGCAUUAAUUAUUUAAUUCGACGAUCUAUUAUGCAGUGCGGAUUGGAAUGAAUUGGAGACUGCCAAUUACAAUGAAUAAUUGCUAAUGCAAUAUAUACGGAUUGUGUUUGACAGCCAGAUGUCAGAUACGCGUCCUGAUGAUAACCGGAUUACCAAUGUAAUGGCAUUUCACACUGGUCUCAGUGAGACCAUACUGUUCAAAGGUUGGGUGACAUCAGAUUGGACGGGAAUAAUUGGUUCGAUGGUGGGGAUUGCUUUGAUGGCAGCUAUUUACGAAGGCUUAAAAAAUUACAGGGAACACCUAUACGCCAAUUCAGUGUGUUUGAGAAAAGCUAAGAUACCAGCUAGUUCGGCCUUAUGCUCCAGCGUUCAUAUUUUGCAAACACUUCUCCACAUGAUUCAAUUGGUCAUCAGUUAUUUCCUUAUGCUCAUCUUCAUGACUUACAACGUAUGGCUAUGCAUUGCCCUGAUCGCUGGUACUGGAUGUGGAUACUUUUUGUUUGGCUGGAGCAAAUCUAACAACGAGAUGAACGAAUGCUGUCAUUAAGUACAGAUGGAAAUCAUUGUCAAAAAAUGCAAAUUUGACAAAGGACUGCUUUACACGGAAACGACCCAGGCCAAAUGAUAUUUCUACGAAUCUUUAGCGACAAAAUUUCCUUUUAUCAUUUUAUUUAGUAAUUCACGUACUGUCUUGUCGAUUAUGCUACGGGGACGUGAGGGGUUAACUAGCCAAAAGAAACACUUAAUGACGAAGAUCUGAAACACGUCAACUCGACACGUUUCUCAUCUGCACGAUAGUUAGACCACGUGCGUGAAUUACCGACCUUAAUGAUUUUGAAUAAAUGAUUUUUUCGGCAUCUAAAAAAAUUU